AAGAGGUGUAGCCCACCACCCCCCACCACCAUCACCAUCGCCACCACCCACCACCACUGGAAUAAAUGCGAGGACAGGGUAAGGCAACCGGUGGAAUUCAUACCUCCAAAGUCAUGUCUGGUUCUGCACAAACACCCAUUCACAUUCUGGUGUUUCCAUACGCUGCACAAGGCCACAUGCUUCCGCUUCUAGAUCUAGCCCAUCAGUUGCUUCUCACUCACCCCAACCUAACCCUCACUCUGGUCGUCACUCCCAAGAACCUACCCUUCCUCAACCCUCUCCUCUCUGCCCACCCCACUUGUGUCAAAACCCUUGUCCUAGAAUUUCCUCACCACCCCUCCCUCCCACCGGGGGUUGAGAACGUCAAGGACAUUGGCAACCAUGGCAACGUUCCCAUCAUCAACGCUCUCGCCAAGCUUCACAACCCUAUUUUCCACUGGUUCAACUCCCAUGCUUCACCUCCUGUUGCCAUUAUAUCUGACUUCUUCCUCGGCUGGACCCACCACCUUGCCCACCAACUCCGUAUCCCCAGAAUCACCUUCUACUCCUCCGGCGCUUUUCUCUCAUCUGUCAGUGACCACCUAUGGCUUAACGCCGACACCGCCCUCUCUUUGCCCGUGGUUUCCUUUCCUCAACUUCCGAAUACGCCGUCCUUCAGAGCCGAGCAUUUGCCUUCUAUCUGCCGGUUCUACAGAGGAUCCGAUCCCGAUUGGGCGUUCGUGAGGGAUUGUAUGACCGCUAAUACCUUGAGUUGGGGGCGCGUGUUUAAUACGUUUGAUGCGUUAGAGGGCGAGUAUUUAGACCAUUUGAGGACCCAAAUGGGUCACCACCGGGUCUGGGGUGUCGGACCGCUUAAUUUGCCAAGCGGAUCUGGAUCCAUGGAUCGUGGAAACCCGAGUCUGGAGUCGGCUGCUUUCGAUGCUGUGAUGGGUUGGCUGGAUGGUUGUCCUGAUGGCUCGGUUGUGUACGUCUGCUUUGGGAGUCAAAAGCUGCUGAAACCCAACCAAGUAGAGGCUCUAGCAUCUGGGCUGGAAGGGAGCGGCGGCCGAUUCAUAUGGGUGAUGAGAGCGGGUAGUUCGCCGCCAGAUGGGUUUGAGGAGCGAGUGGGCGAGAGGGGAAAGGUGAUAAAGGGAUGGGCCCCGCAGGUGUCGAUACUGAGUCACAGAGCGGUGGGGGGGUUCCUGAGUCACUGCGGAUGGAACUCGCUCAUAGAAGGGGUGGUGUGUGGUGCCAUGAUUCUGGGGUGGCCCAUGGAGGCCGAUCAGUACGUGAACGCGAUGCGCUUGGUGGACAACUUGGGAGCUGCGGUGCGAGUGUGCGAGGGCAGCGAAGCCGUGCCUGACUCGGCUGAGUUGGGUAGGAAAAUUGCUGAGGCCAUGAGUGAGGACUCUCCCCAAAAGAGGAGGGCCAAGGAGUUGAGAGACGAGGCUUUGGGUGCAGUGCUACCCGGUGGCACCUCUUCAAGGGAUUUGGAUGCACUAGUCCAAGAGCUGGUCCAACUCACACUCAAGCAACAAGUUUAACAUUACUCAUCAUAAGGUAAGUCCUUCUCAUUCAUGCAUCGAUUUAAUUCUAGGUCGCAUAUUCUUUCUUUAAGGGUCAAAUUGUCCUGCCCGCACCACAAUAUCGCGCGGAGUGUCAAGGCCACUACCAUUGAAAUAUUGGAUUCUAAAGUACAUUGGUAUGUAUUCCCGAUUGCAACCAACAUAAUUGGUUAUUGAUAAUAUUUUUACUUAAAAA